GGCCACGAAUGAGGGUGUGGGCUGAUAUCACUCAACGCCCCUACACCAUGCUAGCUUUUCCUGUUUCGGCAGGGAUCACAACUGAGAGAGAGAGAGAGAGAGAGCGAGGUUGCUUGUUGUGAGACUGGAGGCAGCAGCAUGGCUCAGCGGCUCACGGAGGAGCAACUCACCGAGUACAAAGAGGCCUUCUCGCUCUUUGACAAAGAUGGCGACGGGGCCAUCACCACCAAGGAGCUGGGCACCGUCAUGCGCUCCCUGGGCCACAAUCCCACCGAAGCUGAGCUGCAGAGCAUGAUUGACCAGGUGGACGCGAAUGGCAGCGGCACGGUGGACUUUGCCGAGUUCCUCUCGCUGAUGGCCAAGCAGUCGAAGGAUUCCGACAGCGAGGAGGAGAUCCGGGAAGCUUUCCGGGUCUUUGACAAGGAUGGGAACGGCUACAUCAGCACGGCGGAGCUGCGCCACGUCAUGACCAACCUGGGGGAGAAGCUGACGGACGAAGAAGUGGAUGAGAUGAUCAAGGAGGCCGAUGUGGACGGAGACGGGAGAGUCAACUACGAAGAUUCUUGCAAUCCUACUGGCGUAAUCUUUGUCAGAAGCAAGGAGGAAGCCAUGGCUGAACAUCUCUCGGAAGAGCAAAUCGCUGAAUUCAAGGAGGCCUUCCUGAUCUUCGACAAAGAUGGAGAUGGUGCCAUCACCACAAAGGAGUUGGGCACCGUCAUGAGGUCUCUUGGGCAAAACCCAACAGAAGCUGAGCUCAAGGAAAUGAUCGAUAAGCUGGACGCUGAUGGGAACGGAACUGUAGACUUCCCAGAGUUCCUGUCCUUGAUGGCCAGGAAGAUCCAGAACUCCGAUGGGGAGGAAGAAAUCCGGAACGCCUUUCGGGUCUUCGACAAGGAUGGGAACGGCUACGUCAGCGCUGCGGAGCUGCGCCAUAUCAUGACCAAGCUAGGUGAGAAGUUGACGGACGAAGAGGUGGAGGACAUGAUCAAGGAGGCUGACGUGGACGGAGAUGGGCAGGUCAACUACGAGGAAUUCCUGCGGAUCAUGUCCGGCAAGUGAAGACUGCUCCUGAGGGACUUGCGUCUGCGUACCCGAGGACAGCGGGACUUCCAGCUAUUUCAGUAGACAUGUCUUCUUCUCCUUUGCAUGGUCUGGGUGAGGUGGUUUGGCUUAGUGGCUGAUCAAAUAUGAUUAAACAGAUAAUGAGCGGUGGAGCGUUAAUUUGAUGGAAGAAUCUGGAGUUCCAAUGCACUUUUUCCUUUCGCUUUCUCUGUGGCUCAGAGGGAUUUGUGGUGUGGCAAAUGGGAUCACGUUGCAUUCUUGCUACAAAAUGAAUUGAGAGGAGGUGGCUAACCACAGUCUAGAACGGAGCCAACAGAUGGAAGGUAGAUUAUGAUCUACUGGGUGGACUGGAGAAGAUUGGG